GCCAAAAAAUCUCAAGCAAGUUGUGUGUCCUUUUUGUGUCUUCUUUCCAUUUUCAAUCCAUCAGCAGCAGGAGAAACAAUGUCCAUGGCUAGUUUAUUCGGGUUAUCUACACCCGUUGAAAUAGAAGUUGCUUUCACCAAUGAAGACGCAAGAAAACAUAUUGAUGUCAAAGUAGACAAGAAUAGAAAGGAAACAUAUCCUGUUUUCCUUGACGGCGAGUCUGUCACUGGAAAAGUGAAUGUGAAUUUAAGAGAUGGCAAAAAGCUGGAGCAUAACGGUAUCAAAGUGGAGUUUGUAGGCAGCAUAGAGUUGUAUUAUGAUAAAGGCAAAUCACACGAAUUCUUGACAUUAUCGCAAGAAUUAGCUGCACCUGGAGAAUUGCGACAAAACGCUGCUUUCGAAUUUGAAUUUAAAAAUGUAGAAAAACAGUAUGAAUGUUAUAAUGGUAUCAAUGUCAAGCUUAGAUACUUUAUUCGUGUUACUAUUGCUCGUCGUUUAGCAGAUGUGAUUUGUGAAAGAGAUAUCUGGGUCAACUCUUACAGGAUGCCAGUUGAGAUCAACAAUUCCAUAAAGAUGGAAGUGGGUAUUGAAGACUGCUUACAUAUCGAAUUUGAGUAUAACAAAUCAAAAUAUCAUUUGAAAGAUGUCAUUGUGGGCAAAAUUUACUUUUUAUUGGUUCGUAUAAAAAUCAAAACGAUGGAAUUGUCCAUCCUCAGACGUGAAACAACAGGCGCCCUACCCAACGUAUACAAUGAAAGCGAAACGAUUACAAAAUUCGAGAUUAUGGAUGGCGCACCUGUCAGAGGCGAAACCAUUCCUAUCCGUUUAUUCCUCGGUGGCUUCGAACUAACACCUACCUUCAGAGAUGUCAAUAAAAAGUUCUCCACCAGGUACUUUUUGAAUUUAGUGCUGAUUGACGAAGAAAAUCGACGCUAUUUCAAGCAGCAAGAAAUAACAUUAUUCAGACGAAAGAUUGAUGACGGAUAUCCUCCUGAAAUUGAAGAUUAAUAAAAAAACGUCAAGCGUCUUUUGUAUCAUUAUCUCCAUUCCCUUUAUAUUCCAUAGUAUCUAUACAUACUUUUCAACAUUGCUGUCGUCAUUUCAUGAGUGAAUAGACCUGAAUACUACCUCUUUAGGUUUCUUUAUGCUUGAAAUCCGUUCGUAGGAUUCGGACAAUUCUAUAUCUUUGUUCUCUUUGAUCUCCUCGUUUCUUCUACCGAACCU